UAAUCUAUUCCCGUGCGCGUCGGCAUGCAGAGAGUACAAACAAUAAUAAUAUUAAUUAUAUAAUUUUUAACGAUAUCUGCGAAUAAUGCGGCUUUUACAAUGAUUAGUCUUAUAUCUUAUUGUUAGUAUUUGUGUACAUAUAGAGGAUAUAGCGACUCUGUACAAUACUGUGAUAAUAUUUAUAUAUUUUUACGUCUGUACAUGGCACAGAUACACACACACACACACACACACACAGAGACACGCAUAUAUACCUUCUCGACUUCGACAAUAUAGUCCCUGUAGUCGUUCGAACCUUGUCACUUGAUUCUCUGCUGAUAGAUUCUCUCAUAUUACCGAUGUCAUGUUUUAUUCUCGCGAGCCAGGAGGACGGUGGAUCGCCCAGAUCUGACAUUUGCGCCAAUGAGAGCGACGGCGACAGCAGCGACGGUGAUUCUAAGGAUCCUCUCAAGAAUAAUCACUCGGGAAAUGUGCCUUCGUUCUCUGCAGGGAUUAUGUACCAGAUGCCUCAGAGUGUCAUUUAUUCGCCCAGUCCAGGGGUCUUGCUCGGCAUAGGACAAAACGGGCAACCGGUGCAAAUAUCUCAAGACGGAGGUACAGUGACAUCGGUAGCAAACUCGUCACAAUCGAGCCAACCGUUUAUCACGAUACCACUAAACGUCGCGAUGAGCGCGGCGGGAUUGUCUUUACCAGUGACCUCCAGGAUGACCUCCAGGUCGCCCACAACGACGACAAUGACGACGACGACGUUGUCCACCUGCGGUGAUUUGCCAUCCGAUCUGAGCAAGGAUCGAGAAUGACACGGGAGUCUUUUGACGAGCGCAACAUCCGACGACGAUGAAAGUAGUAGUUAAGCCUCCCUUCGUGCUAGAAACGGAAAUUGUCACGUUUAGAAAUGACUCGCAGGUAUUUCUGGAUUCGCGAUAUGUAUUUGCACGCUUAGGAUGAUAUCGCGACGAAUAAUCGCGGAAUUUUUGAAUGGAAUUCAGGGCGACUACAAUUAUCAUCGCAAAGUGGGAUUCUUCGCUCCCCUUCGUUCUUUCGUUUAAGAAAAACCACGAAUGAUAAGGAAAAGAUCGACGAAACCGAUAUUCAUGUAUUUCUUGACUAGUAACAGACUAUAAACAUGAAUGCAAAAUUACAUAAAUUGAUAACAAGGCGUUUCUAAAGAGAAUAGAAAGAUCGAAUAAUUAACUUCUUUCGGUAUAAAAAAAUAUAUAUAUCUGAUUGUAACAUUAUGUGUGUGUGAGUACUAUCGUAUAUAAUACCUGAAAUUGUUCUCCUAAAUGAUCGGAACGAAAAAUGCCGUUCCUCAUGUUCUAAGACGGACUUCAGUAGCGUAUUCCGAGAAUACUCACUGCCAAUUAUGUGAGACUGACACCGCAUACGAAUCCAAUUCCUCAUUUAGACAGUCGCUUUGUUUCUCGAUAUAUAAUAAUUAAUUAAUUUGCCGUAUAGAAUUUUUCGAAUUAUUUCCAUGAAAAUUAGUUUACUUGCAUUUGCCGAAAAUAAUCCAUCAAAGCUUCAUGCGAAUAUCGUAUACAUAUUAUGAUAUGAUCAACUUUAUCGCAAUAUUUACUAUAAUCACGAGUUCACUAAGUUCACGAGUUACAAGUACCAUAGGUACGCGAUGUAGUCGUGGUAAAAAGAAAUUGUGGGCAAACAAUAUUUUGUCAAUUUGAAAUGUAUGUUUUAACAAUAAAUGUUGUAACAUUAUUAAGAGGAUCGCGAAUCCGAGUAUUCUGCCAACAAUUAGUGCCAAUAUGUAAAAUUUAUUAUACAUAGAUCUUGCAGAAAUUCGAUAUGCGCUAACUAUACCAAUAUUUUUUAUCAUCCUAAAACUAGAAUUGUACGUUUUUUUCAUAAAUACGCCAAGAAGUAGAAUCGUUCAAGAAAAAUCUGUUAAAAUUGAAAUUAUGUGUGCUAAAGCGAAUUAAUCUUUGCUAUAAUUAGAAUUUUAUAUAAUAUAAUUAGAUAUUAAUUUACGAAAAUAAAUGUUUUAUAGAUUUUUCUUUAACUCUUUCUUGUUUUUAAUUCUCUUUAAUCUAAAAAAAGUUGACUUUUACAAAAAUUAUUUUACGUUAUGUUUAUUGUAUCUUUACCAGAAAUAAAAUUUUAUCAUUAAUAAAUUAAAAACCUUUAAAAAUGAAUGAUUAUUCCAUUCUUGCGCUCAUAGUUUUAACCAGCGAAAUUGAUCGACAGUGAUAUCUGAUUUGUAAAUGUAGAGCGAUGUACAUCUUAAAUGUUAUACAGAAAUAAAAUAUUGCAGCUCUCGUAAAUCUGCAUAAAAUGUAGCGCAAUGCAAAUUCGAGAGAGACGAAUUAUACUUGAUAAAGAUAAACAGAUACCGCAAAGAGAAUUUAAGAUUAUAUUUCUGCGAUGUUCGAUGUAUGAUCUCGUAAUAGAUCAUUUGUACAAAACGUACAAAUUUUAUACAAAUCGUUAUGAAUGACUAUGAUUGCGAUGGUAUCUUUAUGAAAUUUUGAAUAGUUAAUUUUCAAGACAGAGAGAAAAUCUGUCGCUAUGUCAGAUAUAUGUCAAAAUGUGCAAUAUUAGAAACUCAAGUUAAAUAUCAAGAACAAGAUUUGUUAUUAUUUAGUAGACUUUAGCAUAAGUUAGCUCGCUAUACGGACACACAGAUACUAUAAUAGUAUGGAUAAAAUAAAAUAGAAUAUUACAUGUAUAAGUGAAAUACGAAUCUUUUCAAAUAUGUAAAGUUGAGAGAUGAUUUAAAUAAUUAUAUUAUAUUAUUAUUACAGAAUAUUUUUAUAUAUAAUAAUAUUAUUAUUGUUAUAUAUCUAGGAUUAUUAAUAUAAUAAUUAUCAUUAUAUUUAAAUCAUUUCUCUCAUUAACUUAUUAUUAAUUAUAUAAGCUUGAAAAGAAUUCGUUUGCAAGUACUUAAGCAAUUUUUUGCGUGAUUCUACGGGAAUUGUACGGAAAUUGUAAGAGAGAUAAUGAGAAAUUCUCUGCUUUUAUUUUAUUCAUACUACUCGCUGUGUAUAAUGGAUAUUUCGUAUACUUUUCAUAGAUGUGUGUUUGACUCUCUAUCUUUCUUUAAUAAUAUACGAUAAUAAUUAUAUAAAAUAUUUAUUUGGUCAAAGACGCGCUUGUGCGUUAAAAUAUGCUACUUAAAUCUUUAUAAUUCAGGUAUUAAAAAAUUUUAGUGUUAUAAAUAUUUGGGGCGAGGUGAUGAAAUUAUCUCGCAGUUCAACAAUGUCUGAAACUUCGUCGAACGGUCCGUGGGUGUCCUAAUCACAUCGAUUUUUUAAGGAUAUGGUGAAUAAAGAAUAUACGAAUUGCGAGCGAAGAAUCCCAUAAGAGACGAGCAAUAACGUGUAUAAUACGUUACUUUACCUAUAUUUUAUAUAUAAAUAUUAUAUAUACAUAGAGGAGAAGUAUGUAUAUAUAUAUAUAUACUAUAACUUUUUUAUUACUUCUGUACCGAAAUAUUGCAGCGUGAAGAGUGUUUGUAACAGAAUGCCGUAACGAAUGAAAAACAAAAAUAUAUAAAUCCACGUGCCACUGAAUCCACGUGUCACUGCUUUUUCUCUUUUUUUUUUUUAUAUUAAUCACAGAUCUCUACAUAUUAUACUAGACCAUUAAUAGCGGUAACAGUAAUAUAAGGGCAGCCAUAUCUAAUUGGGCAGAAAUAUAUAGGUUGCACAGCCAAGUAUGCUACAAGUUAUUUGCUUAUUUCUUAUCUAUAUAUGUGCAUUUGAUAUAUUUCUCACUGUUUUAUUUUUACUGUAAGAUAUUGGCUAUCAGGCCUUAUCAAAAAAGGCACGGCAUCUCGAAUUCUGCCCAAUUAGAUAUGACUGUCCUUGAAUCAUAUUUCACCAUAUAAGGUUUACAUGUGUUAAUGGUCUAGUAUAAUAUAUAGAAAAAUCUAUGGUGUCGUAUAUAACGAAUAUGAAAAACAAAAGUAAAUCCAUGUAUCAUACUGCGUUUUUUCUUUCUUUUUACACUAACUCUAAAUAAUAAUUGCGUUAAUUGUGUGCUAUUGUUGAAAUUGUUGCGGAGUACAUGAUGGUGAAGGAAGAAACAAAGAAAAAUGAAAUACAGAUUAUA